CCCUUUAGCAAACAUUCAAGCUAGCUGCGGUCGCUAGCUACCUACAUUCUCUGGACACGUUUAUAGCUGUUCAAAAACCGUCAUGUCGUCAAGGACUCUGCCGUUGCUCUUUAUUAACCUCGGCGGGGAAAUGCUGUACAUCCUGGACCAGCGGCUUCGAGCUCAGAAUAUACCGGCUGACAAAGCUAAGAAAGUUAUGAAUGACAUCAUCACCACCAUGUUCAAUAAAAAGUUCCUGGAGGAGCUUUUCAAGCCACAGGAGCUGUACUCCAAGAAGGCCCUGCGGACGGUGUUUGACAGGCUGGCUCAUGCAUCCAUAAUGAGGCUCAAUCAAGCCAGUAUGGACAAGCUUUAUGACUUGAUGACCAUGGCUUUCAAAUAUCAGGUGCUUCUCUGUCCCCGACCUAAGGACAUCCUCCUCGUCUCCUUCAACCACAUGGAUGCGAUCAAAGACUUUGUGAAAGAUACUCCCAGCAUUCUCAGCCAGGUUGAUGAAACAUACCGACAGCUGAUAGAGAUGUAUACCACCUUGUCCAGUGGUGAAUUCCAGCUGAUUAGACAAACUCUUCUUAUCUUCUUCCAAGACAUGCAUAUAAGGGUGUCUAUUUUCCUCAAAGACAAAGUACAGAACUCAAACGGCCGCUUUGUACUUCCCACCAGUGGUCCUGUGCCCCAUGGAACACAAGUCCCUGGUUUGAUAAGGAUGUUUAGCUGUACUGGUGAGGAGCUGACCAGGCAGCAGUUCAAUAAUGGAGGGAACUACAAUGCUGCACUCCGGGAAGGAUCCUUUGAGAUUUUUGGAGACAGAGUCACAAAACUCGGCACAAACAUGUACAGCGUAAGCCGCCCAGUGGAGACUCACAUGUCUGGCACAUCCAAAAAUUCUGCUCAGCACACAAAGGUCAAUACUGCUCCCAACCCUCUGGCCAAAGAGGAGCUGAAUCUGUUGGCCAGGUUAAUGGGAGGAUUGGAAGUUCAGAAACCAGGAAACACAGACAGUGGCUUCCGAGUUAAUCUCUUUGCCACAGAUGAAGAAGAAGAAGAGGCAUUAAUAUCAAGACCUGAUGAGCUUUCAUAUGGAGUCAUAAACAUCCAAGCAACAAAGGAUCAGCAGGCCAAUGCAGAACUGGCCAAGAUCAUGGGAGAAUUUACAGAGUCUGGAGAUCAGUCUCCGAGUGCCAGCAGCAAAGGAGACGACCUUCUAGCCAUGAUGGACGGUCUGUGAUAUGGUCACGCUGGCAGACAGACCCAGGGAGCGGGGCACAAUGCGCACAAUGCAUCAUCCAAGGUCUGCACUACUGAGAACCAAUCGGCUGUCUAUACCUGUGAAUCCACUGCAGAAACCCCCACAUGCAGCCACAAAACCUUUCUGGGGUGGCGUUGAAAUGCAGAUGUGAGCAAGUGUUUCCAUUGGUUGUCAGACAAACCAGCUGCGUAUUUGCAUUGAACAAACAAGUAUGUGCGGCGAGAUGAGCUUUAAGCUGGAAUAUGCUGUCAUAGUAUGUUUGCUGUAAACUGAGAGGAGAUUUCAGUGCAACAAGGUAUACAGUAGGCCUAUAUCAGUGUAACGAACAUGUCGGUGUGAUAAUAGCAAAACAUCUGUUUAUAUAAUGUCAAGAUGUCGCAUUUUGGAAUUCAGUAUAUGUAAGAUACACAUUCCUUAAAUUUACUUUCCCACAGUGUCAUUAAAUCCUAUCAGUCAUGUGUACAAUUACAUCACAGCUUUUAGUUGGCUUUGAGGCUCGUAGUCCAUCAUUUCAUGGCAGUUUGUUUUACCACCUUUCCAUCCCAAGGAUGUCCUAUCUCUACACCAUGGGCAGAGGAAGUUUGUUGACCUCCUCUGUAUUCUGUAAUGAUACUGUGGGAGAGUUGAAGGAACCCAAGUGCUCUUUCUGCUUCGAUUUAAAUUCCCUCAAAAUGUAUUUUGGUAAGAAAUGUUUAUUUAACACCGUACUGGUUUACCUUAAAAGAAUAUGGGGAGCAACUUAUACGACAUAUUUCUCUUCCAUGUGAUGUCAGUGAAUGUUGAGAAAAGGCCCAGAAAUGUGCUCUUUGGUGAGUACAUUGUUAAAUAUAAAGUAAUGCAAUAUAAGUAAUUGUCUAAUCUGUAAAUAUGUUUAUGGCACUACUAUAUUUAUUGAAUGUAUUAUUUUCUGUGUAUAGACGAGUGCACACUGCUGCAUUUGUUAAAUUGUUGAAUGUUUAACGUAGUAUUUUUAAUAAAUAGAUGAAAAAAUAAAACAUGUUUUUACACAGAUUAA